AUGAAUAUAAGUACAGAUGUUGAAGUGAAACGAAUUAAAACAAAUGAUGAAUUAGUUAUGAAAGCCGGUAAUGAUAUGGAAGAUAUACUUACCUGUGUCUUUUGUCAAGAUAUUAUGUCAAAUCCAAUUUGUCUUGAACCUUGUUUACAUGCUUUUUGUAAUGAUUGUUAUAGUUCAUGGGAAGCUAUUCAACGUACAUGUCCAAAAUGUCGUGUGAAAGUAACUGAUAAAAAAAAGAAUGUAGUUAUUAAUGGCAUAUUGGAAGCAUUUUUCAAAGCAUAUCCACAUAAACGACCGGUGUUAAAAGCUAUUGAUAAUACAAAACGUAAAAUGAAAACAACAACGAAUGCAAAAAUUGAAAUUGGUCGAAAUGCAAUAUGUUUUAAUAAUAAUCAAGAUAAUGAUGAAAUUGAUAAUGAUCCUAUUGAUAAUGAUGAUGAUAUUGUCGUUGUACUGACUGCUCCUGUAUCUAAUGUUCGACUUAUAUGUCGUCAAUGUCCAGCACGUGAGUUCGGUCGUACUACGAAUAUGAAUAUUGUUUCGACUGGAUUUCAAUGUUGUCCUAAUCAAAAUCAUAUUCUUUGUCAAUGUUGUAUACAACCAAUGCCUGAUAGACAAGAUGAACGAAAUAUUCAUCAAAGUUGUGAAAUAUGUCAUCAAUACUUUUGUAAUAUUUAUUUUCAACAAUGUCAACGACAAGAUUGUCUUGGUUGUUUAAAUCAACUGCGAAAUUUUAAUUUUGCUCCUCGUCAUUUAAGUAAUUUUGUUAAUGAUAAUCCUAUUGAAUCACAAAUUGUUCAAAAUUAUGUUACAAGUCAUGGUGCAACAAUGCGUGAAUUACUUGUAGAGUGUUGUCAACGUCUUGAUCGAAGACAAUUUACUUGUACUGGUAUUGAUCGAAAUGUUGCUGUUCCAUCAAAAAGAAUUCUUUGUUAUAAAUGUGCUUUAAAUAUAUUUAAAGAAUUAGUUUAUCAAUUUCGUGUGUCUAUGAAACAAAACGAUAUAUUACCAAUAGCCAUGCGUAAUCGUGAAAAUUGUUAUUAUGGUAAACAAUGUCGUACACAAUAUACGAGAUCAGUUCAUGCACAAAAAUAUAAUCAUGCCUGUGAACAAACUAGAUUUUGA